AUUGAAUUUAUCAAAAGUGCGAGUGGUAUAAAAAGGCCGGCAGUUGGAGAGACAGCUUCAGUAAUUUCCUCAACAUGUUGAAGUUUGUGAUUUUAUUGUCUGCUGUGGCUUGCGCCUUGGGAGCUGUCAUUCCCGAUGGUAUGGUGCCUGAAUUGGAUGGUCGUAUUGUGGGUGGUGCCGCCACCACAAUCAACUCCUUCCCCUGGCAAAUCUCUUUGCAACGCAGUGGUUCCCACUCCUGCGGUGGUUCCAUCUACAACAGCAAGAUCAUUGUCACUGCCGCUCAUUGCUUGCAAUCCGUCUCUGCUUCAUCCUUGAAGGUGCGUGCUGGUUCCACCUACUGGAACUCUGGUGGUGUCCUGAUAUCCGUUGCCGUUUUCAAGAAUCACGAAGGUUACAAUCCCAGCACCAAAGUUAACGAUAUUGCCGUUAUCCGUUUGUCCUCCGCCUUGACCAUGAGCUCUACCAUCAAGACUAUCGGUUUGGCCAGUUCCAAUCCCGCUAACGGUGCCGCCGCUUCAGUCUCUGGCUGGGGUACCACCUCUGUUGGUGGCUCCAUCCCAUCUCAAUUGAGAUAUGUCGAUGUUAAGAUUGUCAGCCGCACCAACUGUGCUUCCUCCACCUAUGGCUAUGGCUCUCAAAUCAAGGCCUCCAUGAUCUGUGCCUACACUGUUGGCAAGGAUUCCUGCCAAGGUGAUUCCGGUGGCCCAUUGGUAUCUGGUGGUCAAUUGGUCGGUGUUGUUUCCUGGGGUUAUGGCUGCGCUUACACCAAUUAUCCUGGUGUUUAUGCUUCAGUUGCUGAUCUUCGUUCCUGGGUUGUCAACGCUGCCAACUCCGUGUUGCGUUUUCGCAUCAGUGACUUGGCGAACGUUAACAUGUAUGGUUUGGCUGUGGAGGAAGCACAGUUGGUGCGGCUGACAAUCUUAACAUCGACAUAUCUCAAUUGUGUGGGGAUGGAGCCACCAACAGAGGUGGUACCCCAGCCAGAGACUGAAGCGGCAGCACCGUUAGCGGGAUUGCUACUGGCCAAACCGAUAGCCUUAAUGGUAGAGCUCAUGGUCAAGGCAGAGGACAAACGGAUAACGGCAAUAUCGUUGACCAUGGUGCUGGGAUUCAACAUAUCCGAUCGAAUAACCCCGGAAGAAUUGCAAAAGCUACAAGAAAUAUGCAUGGAACGCCUAAAGAUGGGUGAGUUGCAUACGCUACGAAAUGAUGCCAAAUUGCGGGCAGUCAACAAUACCAAAAAUUAUGAGGAAUUCAACUACCGUAGCUCAUUAUUUACCCUGUCCGCCUACGACGCUGAACUCUUGGAUUCUAGCUUUGACGAGAACGGUAGUUAUCUUUCGUUCCCACGCCGCUCACCGGUGUCUGCCGAUCGAGGAGGCCACCACCCAUUACGUAGGGAUGCUAGUAGUAGGUUUUUUUCACUCGUCAUGUUCAAGUGCCUCGUAGUUCUUUUGUCCGCAGUGGCUUGUGUUUUGGGCGCUGCCCUGCCCCAGGGUAUGGUUCCCCAACUGGAUGGUCGCAUUGUUGGGGGUUCCUUCACCACCAUCAGCUCUUUCCCUUGGCAAAUCUCUUUACAGCGCAGUGGUUCCCAUUCCUGUGGUGGAUCAAUCUAUUCGGCUAAUAUCAUUGUAACUGCAGCCCACUGCUUGCAAUCCGUUUCCACCUCCAUACUAAAGGUACGUGCUGGUUCCUCCUACUGGAGCUCAGGGGGUGUGCUGAUUCCAGUGGCCGCUUUUCUCAAUCAUGAAGGCUAUAACCCCCAAACCAUGAUAAAUGACAUUGCAGUCAUUCGUUUGGACAACUCCCUGACCAUGAGCUCGACCAUCAAGACCAUUGCAUUGGCCACCACUGCUCCAGCCAAUGGGGCCAGUGCCACAGUAUCUGGAUGGGGUACCACACAAUAUGGUUCUGCCUCGCUACCUACGCAAUUGAAAUACAUUGAACUCAAUAUCGUAAGUCGAACCCAGUGUGCUUCUUCCAACUACGGUUACGGAGCUGAAAUUAAAACCACCAUGAUUUGUGCUGCUGCCAAAGAUAAGGAUGCCUGUCAAGGUGAUUCUGGUGGGCCCUUGGUAUCAGGGGGCCUAUUGGUGGGAGUUGUCUCCUGGGGCUAUGGUUGUGCUUAUGCUGAUUAUCCUGGUGUAUAUGCUGAUGUGGCCGCUCUACAGUCAUGGGUUGUCAAUGCUGCCUCUACGGUUUAAAUAACAAUCUUAUCUAAUCUAAUUUUUGAAUUUCUAUUUAUAUUCUAAACUCGAA